UUAUGCAGAGUCGGCUGACCUGUGAUCCCUUUAAGGAAGCCGUGGGAGGAGGGACUCAGACCAGGAGAGACCCUCUCUGUGUUUGUGGAUCCAGCAGUUGAGAAACUGAGGACAAACAAGACUGAGCCGGACUCGUGAUCCCUCAGCUGAGAGCUCCACAGAAAACUUCAACACAACAAAAUGGGUACGGUGAUGAGUGCGGAGGAGCGGAGAGAGCACAUUCGACCAACCUUGGAGAGAAAUGUGAAGAAAUAUAAAAAGUGUCCGGAUGUGACGGUGAAUCAAGCCGUCGUGAUGUUCUGCAGCGCUUCAUCAGACAGCCUCCAACAGCACCUCAACCGGAGGAAGCAGGUGAGCUACCCCGUCGCAAGCUGGAUGAGCAAACUCGCAGAGAAGCUCGCCAAUCUGUCUCCGAAUCCUAAACUAGCUGGCCUCGGAGCGCUGGCCGUCGCCAUCUUCAUCGACGCCAUUUCUGCCACCUCUUCCUCAGACACCACGAGGGAUGCUCUGCGAUGCGUGUUUGCUGAGGAGAAGGCCUCCGAGGUCUGGGAUCAGAUCGACGAGUGCCUGAAGAGAUGCGUGAUGCACAUCGACAACAACAACGAGCUGAUGACGGACAUCAGACGGACGGAGUGCCAGCUGAGCGCCGCCCUCACCAAGCUGAAGAACUCCAUGGCGAGGGACGGGCAGAUGUCGUCUCGGGCUCUGAAGGCCUGGGUGAACGGGGCGGCGCUCCACAUCCAGAUGCUGAUUCACCUGCUGAGACUCGGAGGGAGUCAAAGCUGCGACCCCGUGCAGAGACUCCUCUCCACUUACCUGAGCGAGCUGGACCUGCUGUUCACAAAUCACAAGGCGGCGGUGAGGAGGAAGUGCGACCUGGACUGCGACGUGCUCCAAGACUGUCCAUGUCCCUACUUUGAGACCGAAGAGGGAGAAGCGUAUUACGUCGCUCAGUUCAUCACAUUUGAAGAAUACUUUGAGGCUUAUUAUGACUAUCACUACAGCAGCCAGAAGUACAAGAUCAGGAAGUACUUCGAGAAAGUCAUGGAAGAUCUGCCGAUGCUGGUCCGUCAGGUGGGUCAUCUCAGUGUCUCCUGAGAGGAAGAGUUCAGCCCUGAACUCCUCACUGUGCUCCUCGGUGAUUCCACUGUGAAGAGCCUCAGUCAUCCAGGUCAUCCAGAGACGGUUGAUCAGCUGGUGGGGAGUCCCGGGUAUUCAACCUCUGCAGGGUCGCUGUCACGCUCACUGAUAAUGCUCCUAGCUGUGUAACGCUCACCUGAGGCCAGGUGUGAUGGAAAUGUAAAAAAAAAAAAAACGUUCACAGAAAAGUGUUGAUAAGUUUUCACCUUUUUAGAAAAAUAGUAAAUGCACUCACCUGUAGACAGAAACACCUUUUCUGAAAAAGUUCUGAUGUAGCGAACAUUUAACUCACACGGCUGAUCAGCUUGUUUCCGCUCCAAGAAGAGAAGGAGAAGGAGAAGGAGAAGAAGAAGGAGAAGGAGAAGAAGAAGAGGAAGAAGCUGCUUCAGUGUUUAAAGAUUCCUGAAGACUGGACGGUCAGGACGACAGGUUGUGCUUCUUCUUCUUGGAGCUGCUUCUUCACUUGAUUUAUUGUCUGUAUUGUGUAUGGCUUCCAACUAUAUUUAGCUUUGUGCAUGAAAUAUACAAUAAAGUACAUUU